CAUCACUGAUCUUUCAAAGCCACAAUGAUUACAGGUUUCUUCUUCCUGCUCUUCUUCAUGGGGGGAAAUGCCUCCAGCGUAGAGCUGCAAGAUGACCAACAGACACUCAAUGAGACUAUUACCAGAGGGGGAAAUGCCUCCAGCAUAGAGCCUGAAGAUAACCAACAGAUGUUCAAUGAGACCUUUACCAGAGAAAAUGAAGAGAAUAGUACUAAAAGCUGCAGAUAUGUUGACAUUAUUAACCACCUGAACUUGACCCAAGACAAGGAUAUGUACAUUAUGACAAGGCCUGUGGAAAAUUACAGUGAUGCUACACCCGUAUACCAUAUUAUGGGAGUUAAAGCCAUCUUAGAUGUGAGGAAAACUGACCAGAGCCUUGUUUCUUACAUUUGGGUUCAAUAUCAUUGGUGGAAUCAGUUCAUAUCUUGGAACCCAGAUAAUUUCUGUGGACUUGAAAAUAUAAAAUUUCCUGCUGCAAAUUUGUGGAUGCCAGAUAUAACUAUUGAAGAAAGGACAGACAAGGACAAAGAGACUAAAAGUCCUUAUCUCUUAAUUCAAUGGUAUGGUGGGGUCGAAUACACAUAUGAGCAGGUGGUGACAACUGCCUGCAGGAUGCGUGUCUACAAAUUUCCCUUUGACAUUCAAAGGUGCAACAUCUCCUUCAAGUCUAUCAUGCAUUCUGAUAAUGAAAUAGAAUUAAUUUACAACAAAAACAAUAAAUCAUUGACAACUUUGACACGCAGCAUGAUGUGGACCCAGUACGAGUGGACAUUCGAGGACUUGACACCCACAAACAAAUCAAGCAUUAUGUAUCCACAUCAAACUGUAAUUAUUUACACGAUCACGAUGAGAAGGAGGUCAGUCCUCUACAUUGCCAAUUUCAUUUCUCCAGUGCUCUUCUUCUUGGUUCUGGACUUGGCCUCUUUCCUGAUCCCAGAUGCUGGAGGCGAGAAACUCAGCUUCAAGGUCACUGUCCUGCUCGCUGUCACAGUGUUGCAGCUUAUUCUGAAUGACAUUCUGCCCAGCACUUCAAAAAGGGUUCCACUUAUAGCUAUCUACUGCAUUGGGACUUUUACCCUGAUGCUGCUCAGCCUCCUGGAGACUAUUGUGAUGAUGUAUCUGAUUGAGAAAGACUCUGCAUCCCAUCACAAUGAGACAGAUGAAGAGCAAAACCUGAGUGUAAAUUGUGGAGACAAAUGGUGCAAAGCCAACUUCUGUGUUAGAGGAAUAAAAUCCAGUGACUGUGCAUCUGUUUGUGAUGAAAGUGCCGAUGAAACACAAUCUGUGACUGAAAAGAGAAGCAGCGACAAGCUGACAGAGGUGUCCCUUGGUCUUGAACAAGUCUCAGAUGAACUGAGAAAGAUUGGGAAAACAAUAAGUCUGCUCAGCAGUAACGAGAAGGAAGAGAAGUUCGGAUACUGGGCCAGAAUGGUAAAAAAAAUCAACAGGGCUUACUUCAUUUUUUAUGUCACAGCAGUCACUGUAUUUUUGUCAGUUCUUGUUUCAAGGUGGACCAGCUGAAGUAAAAUAAAAUAUGAAUUCAUUAAAAGAGACAGAACUUAUGUAUUAUUUAUUUUUUUCAUAAAUGUCAUUCAUUUCAAUCAGUCCGAAGAAAACAAAUGUCCCAUUGAGUACAGGUUGGUAAGGUGUUCACUUCUUAUAUUUAGUGAUCUAUUUAGCAUCAUCAGAAAUACAGACCCACAGCUGAAGAAAAAAAUCAGAUAUUUAACAGUGAUUUCUGCUCCACUUUACUGUGGUGG